AUGGGCAGCUUCUCCAGUCUAGUCCUUCUUCCACUGAUGUCAUUUCUUCUGCUGCAAUGCUAUGCAUCAGCACAACACACACUGGGCACCGGGUCAUCCCUGUCAGUAGAAGACCACGCGAGGCCCUUCCUCGUAUCACCGGACGCCACCUUCUCCUGCGGCUUCCUCCAAGCCGGCGACAACGCCUUCUACUUCUCCAUCUGGUUCACCGCCACCAAGAACAAGACCGCCGUCUGGUCGGCCAACCCCGGCGCCCCUGUGAACGGCCGGUUAUCCAGGGUCUCGUUCAGCCGCGACGGCGAGCUGGCCCUGGCCGACGCCAACGGGACCACUGUGUGGGACACCAAUACGGGAGGUAACAGGCAGCUCACCGUCUCCCUCAACGACACCGGCAACCUCGUCAUCACGGACCCGUCCACCGGCCACGCACUGUGGCAGAGCUUCCACUGGCCGACGGACACCCUGCUCCCGUCGCAGGCGAUGUCCAAGGACACGAAGCUGGUGGCCGGCUACUACACCUUCUACUACGACAACGACAACGUGCUGCGGCUCCUGUACGACGGCCCGGAGAUCGCCAGCAUCUACUGGCCGGACCCAGACCUCGGCAUUUGGGGGAGCGGACGGACAAACUACAACAGCUCGCGGUUCGGCAUCCUCAACGACGCGGGCGCGUUCCGCUCCAGCGACGGGCUGCGCUUCCAAGCAUCCGACCUGGGCUCCCCCGGCGUGAAGAGACGGCUAACGAUCGACAAGGACGGCAACCUGCGACUCUACAGCCUCGUGAACGCGACCGGUGUCUGGACGGUCACCUGGGUGGCGCUGCAGAAGCCGUGUUCUGUACACGGGCUGUGCGGCAAGAACGCCCUCUGCGAGUACCAGCCGUCCCUCCGAUGCUCGUGCGCGCCGGGGUACGAGAUGGCCGACCGCCGGGACUGGAGAAAGGGAUGCAAGCCGACGUUCAGCCUCCCCGCCUACACCGCCAUCAACUGCAGCCAAGGGGUGCCGGAGGAGUACACCUUCGUCAAGGUGGCGUACACCGACUUCUACGGCUACGACCUCGCCUUCAACAAGUCCGUCACCUUCGAGAGCUGCAUGAACAUCUGCCUGCAGAUGUGCUCCUGCACCGCCUUCUCCUACAGGAUGGAUGGUGUGGGCAAUUGCUUCCCAAAAGGCGUCCUGUUCAACGGCUACACGUCCUCCUUCUUCCCCGGGAGCAUCUACCUCAAGGUGCCCAGCAAGGUCAACGCAUCGGCGCUGCCGUUGGUAGCCGCCAAGGGCCUCGCCUGCAAGCCUAACGGCACUAGUCCGGCCAUCGUCCCAGGAUACGCGGACACGUACGGGAGACCAGCCAGCGGGCCAAAGUGGGCCUACUUCUUUUCGUUCGCCGCGGUGCUGGGCUUUCUCGAGCUCCUAAUCUUCGCCGCAGGGUGGUGGUUCCUGUCCAGCCAUCACAGCAUACCUAGCUCUCUGCAGGCAGGCUACAGGCUGGUCAUGGCGACCCAGUUCAGGCGGUUCUCGUACCAGGAGCUCAAGAACGCGACGGGGAACUUCAAGGAGGAGCUUGGCCGCGGCGGGUCCGGCGUGGUGUACCGCGGCGUGCUCGACGAGGGCACCGUGGUGGCGGUGAAGAAGCUGACGGACGUGCAGGUGCAGGGAGAGGAGGAGUUCUGGGCGGAGGUGGCGGUGUUCGGGAGGAUCAACCACAUCAACCUCGUGAGGAUCUGGGGGUUCUGCUCCGAGGGCAAGCACAGGAUGCUGGUGUACGAGUACGUGGAGAACGAGUCGCUGGACCGGCACCUCUUCGGCACGCACAUCAUCGGCAGGUCCCUGUCGUGGGCCGAGCGGUUCAGGGUAGCGCUGGGCGCCGCCAGGGGCCUCGCCUACCUCCACCACGAGUGCCUCGAGUGGGUCAUCCACUGCGACGUCAAGCCGGAGAACAUCCUCCUCACGCGGGACCUCGACGCCAAGAUCGCCGACUUCGGCUUAGCCAAGCUGUCCGGGAGGGACGCCGCGGCCAGCGACGGCGUGCAGUUAUCACAUAUGAGAGGGACCACGGGGUACAUGGCGCCGGAGUGGGCGCUCGGCCAGCCCGUGGACGCCAAGGUCGACGUGUACAGCUACGGCAUCGUGCUGCUGGAGAUCGUCAUCGGGACCCGGAUCUCAGAUCAGACCACGGCGGACGGCGAGGAGCGGCUGGAGAUGGGGCAGAUCGCGCAGGCGCUCAAGCAGGUAGUGGCGAGUGGAGACAUUGGGUCCUUGGUGGAUACUAGGCUGAACGGGCAGUUCCACCCUCGCCAGGCAAUGGAAAUGGUGAAGAUUUCCUUGUCAUGCAUGGAGGAGAGGAGCAGCAGACCCACCAUGGAUGACAUCUCCAAAGCUCUUACGGCGUGCGAUGACGAGGAUGAGCACCCUGCCUACGUGUCAUGA